AAAGGGAUGUGCCAUUCAAAUAUAUAAAAAAGUCUGACAUGUAAUUGCACUGUCAGUGUAACCAUCUCUUCAUUUGUGGGGGAGUGACAGACAAGAAGGAGCUUAUCAUGUCUUCAGCACUUUUGGUAAAGUCAGUUGACCUUCAGUUUAAAGAAAACAACAGGCAACACAGAACUGAAGAAAUAAGCAAAAAGAAGCUGAUAGUUCGAAGAGGAGAACUAUUCAUCAUCACAGUGAACUUUCACACCAGAGGAUAUGAAGAAGGAAGGGAUAACAUCACUUUAAUCGCUGAAACAGGACCAAGAGCAACGGAAGAAGCAAAAACAAAAGCUGUAAUGACUGUGGGAGCUUCAGUUAAGCCAAAUAUGUGGAACACAACUGUAAAAAACAGCCAUGACCACACAUUAACCCUGUCUGUGUCCUCUCCAGCCAAUGCUUGCAUUGGAAAGUAUACUUUCCAAAUGCAGCUGUCCAGUGAUGGCAAUAAAACAAGUUACAACAUGGGAGAAUUUAUUCUGCUCUUCAACCCAUGGUGCAAAGAGGAUGAAGUGAGUAUGACCGAUGAAAUUCUGACACAGGAGUAUGUAAUGAAUGAGCAAGGUACGCUGUUUUUUGGCUCUACAGAUUACAUCUCUUCUUCUCCAUGGGACUAUGGGCAGUUUCAAGAAGAUGUUGUGGACAUCUGCCUUAAGUUGCUAGAUUUGAACCCAAAGUACCUAAAAAGUCCCAGCAAGGACUGUGCACGACGGGGUGACCCAAUCUAUGUCAGCAGAGUAGUGAGUGCAAUGGUCAACAGUAAUGAUGAUAAGGGAGUUGUGGAAGGAAGAUGGCACGGAGAUUACAGCGAUGGGGUUUCACCAGGAACCUGGAGUGGGAGUGUACCCAUCCUUCGCAAAUGGUAUAAGUCUGGCUAUAAACAAGUCAAAUAUGGUCAGUGCUGGGUAUUUGCUGCUGUCCUGUGUACAGUAAUGCGAUGCUUGGGUGUUCCUACUCGUGUGGUGACUAAUUUCUCGUCUGCCCAUGACACAGAAGGAAAUUUGACUAUUGAUGAAUACUAUGAUCUAAAAGGAAAAAAGCUGGACAGAAGUUAUGAUUCUAUCUGGAACUACCAUGUUUGGGAUGAGUGCUGGAUGAAGAGACCUGAUCUUGAAGAAAUCUAUAGUGGAUGGCAAGUUGUGGACUCAACUCCUCAAGAAACAAGUGAAGGAGUUUACUGCUGUGGUCCUGCACCUGUUUUAGCCAUCAAAGAGGGACACACUCACCUGAAAUUUGAUCUUCCUUUCACUUUUUCUGAAGUAAAUGCAGACGUUAUAAGGUGGAUAUCCUACCCAGAUGGAAGAACUAAGAAAGCUAGCAGUGACACAAAACUAGUUGGUCAAUACAUCAGUACUAAGACGGUUGGCAGUGAUGAAAGAGAAGAUAUCACCAAAAAAUACAAAUAUGAUGAAGGAACUACUCAGGAGAGAGAAGCAGUUGCAAGAGCUCUCCGUAAUAUUAGAAACAGGAGUCGUUACGAGAGUGCACGUGCUGAUGAUCGAUUACAUGAAGACAGUGAAGAACCUAACUUGCCAGCCACAAAAAUUGAUGUUUCCAUCAAAGUAGAUAAAACUCCUGUGAGGGGACAAAAUAUAGACAUGCUGGUGAAUGUUACAAAUAAAAGUCCAGCUAAGAAACACCUCAUGCUUUUUAUCAGUGCUCAGUGCAUGUUUUAUGAUGGGAGACCAGGCACUCGGUUCUGGAAAAAGGAGGCAGAUAUUCAGCUUGCAUCUAAUGAAGGAAAAGAUUUUCCUUACCAGAUCCUUUACUCUGAAUAUGAUGAGUACCUCAGUGACAGUCGGCUAAUUAAAAUUGCAGCUACUGUGACAGAACAGGAAACAACACAAACAUUCCUUGCAGAAAAGGAUAUCUUCCUUUCAAACCCAACCAUCAGCAUUCAGGCCCCAGAUGAAGCUCUAAAGUAUGAACCAACUACGGCUGAAGUCCUUUUCUCAAAUCCUUUGCCUGAGCCCUUGAACAGCUGUGUGCUGACAGUAUCAGGAAGUGGCCUCAUUUAUGAUGAAGUGAAGAUAGAUGGAAGACAAAUGAAACCAGGAGUCCGAGGAAUACUUCGCGUGGAAUUCACUCCCUUCAAGACAGGAAUGCGGAGACUACAGGUUGUCUUUGAAUGCGAUAAAUUUAAAGACGUAAAAGGAUACAAAGAUAUCAAAAUUCUGCCAAGCUCAGAAGAAGAAGAAGACUUCUCUAACUUUGGGAUUUACCGUUAUUGAAAGAUUUCUGCAAAAAAGCUCCUUUGUAUCCAACAACCAGGUUUUAUUAAAGAAAUCAAUUUCUUACUAUUACUAAUGAAUUUUUGAGUUUACCACUGUAAUAAACCUAGGUUUGGAAUGUCAGCUAAGUAAAAUCAAUAAAGCAGCUAUGUUUGUAAUUUAAA